GUCUCAAUAUAGCGGUGUUCUAAUGAAUAUUUCCGGAGCUCAUACGUGACCUAUCUUUACGCAUCACAUCAGGUGCACUUCUCCUUGAAGCUAUCGUAGUACGUGGAAGAUGAUUAUUUGUACGGAACGCGUAACCCAGAUCACCCACAAAAGAGAUAGAUACGGUUAGGUAAGCGAUAGGGGAAGCUCCAGUUGCCGCCCGGCUUUUACCCAUCCCCUAGUGCAUCACUAGGAGGUACCUAGCUCUAAGUGUCUUCGGCGUGUAUUGGAAAGAUCAGACUGAAGCGACAACCUUGAAGGUGAGUGAGUGACUAACACCCAAAAUUUUCUUUAGAGUUUUGAGAAUAUAUAAGGCAAAUCAUAUCAACUCUAAAAACCCAUAAUAAUCAAACCAACUCAAACUCAAAUUCAAUCAUUCGCGACAUGGAUAAUCACUGCACGACCAACCAAACUUCGGAACUAGCUGCGGUAGUCGUCGGGGGAGGUGCAGCUGGUAUCGCCGUUGUUGGCAACUUCCUUGAACAACUUCCCCCUAAUUCCAAAAUUGGAUGGGUAGAUCCUUUCUUUCAGGGCGGUCGUAUCAACGCCAAAUACAGAGAAGUUCCCAGCAACACCAAAGUCCACCAUUUUCUCUCCUACGGUGAAGGUGUUGAGCCGUUUCUGAAAAUCGCAGAAACUACCGAAAAACCGAAUGCCAUCUCUAUCUUAAAAGAACUUCCUCAUGAAGACACCUGUUCGUUACAAUAUGCAGGAGAUAUGCUAUAUGUGUUGACAGAGGGCCUACUCAAACAUGAUCGAGUCGCAAGCUUUAAAGCCAGUGUCAUCGAUAGUGAAUGGAUUAGCCAAGACUCUGUAUGGUCGUUGACCAUACAGGAUGAGGCUUCUAAAGCCACUCAACACAUUACAGCGCCUUUUGUCGCCUACUGCACAGGCGCAUUCCCUACCACUGUUCCCUUCCCUGAUGGCCUUUCCCGUGUACCGAAGCUUCUGGAUCUUGAUAUCACGCUCAAGCCCUCUCUUUUUGCCCAGACCAUCCCGAACGAUGAAGACAUAUGUAUUGGUGUCGUCGGUGCUUCGCACAGUGCCAUUCUCGUCUUGAAGAACAUAUUUGAGCUAAGCCAGAAGUCUCACCCUAAGCUUCGUGCGCGCUGGUUCUCCCGCGCAAGAAAGCUGAAGUAUGCUGAGGAUAAAGGAGAUUGGAUCCUCUACGAUAACACGGGGCUGAAGGGUAUCGCUGCUCAAUUCGCUCAGGAUAACUUAGAUGGAGAUAGGCUCCUGCAUAGUGACGUGGGGAAGAUCAUAACUCGAGUCGACUGUUCCGGUGGCGUAGAGCAAGAAAGGGAGGCGUAUCUGAAGGAGAUGCCGGGAUGCGAUUAUGUUACACAGGCGAUAGGGUACAACACGAAACCCCUACCUAUGAAGCAAGAGGUGUCGUUCAAUCAUGAGACGGGUAGCUUCAUAGACCCAAAGAUGAAAGGACCUGUCCGAGGGCUUUAUGGUGCUGGAAUUGGAUUCCCUGAGAAAGUGGUCGAUCCGGUUGGAAACGUUGAGUAUGCUGUAGGAUUCAUCAAGUUCAUGAGAUUUCUAAAGCGCGUGGUGCCAAGAUGGGUUGAACCCAUUCCGAACUAAGUCGGACAUACUAUAGAGUCAUAGACAUCUACCUAAUUCAACAUUACACGAUAGAUACGAUAGAUACGGAUAAUUAGC